UGCCCCAUCAUUGGUAUCAGUGGGAGGAAUAGUGCCCAAUCAUUGGUGUCAUUGGGAGGAACAGUGCCCCAUCAUUGUGUCAGUGGGAGGAAUAGUGCCCCAUCAUUGGUGUCAGUGGGAGGAACAGUGCCCCAUCAUUGGUGUCAGUGGGAGGAACAGUGCCCCAUCAUUGGUGUCAGUGGGAGGAAUAGUGCCCCAUCAUUGGUGUCAGUGGGAGGAAUAGUGCCCCAUCAUUGGUUGUCAGUGGGAGGAAUAGUGCCCCAUCAUUGGUGUCAGUGGGAGGAAUAGUGCCCCAUCAUUGGUGUCAGUGGGAGGAAUAGUGCCCCAUCAUUGGUGUCAGUGGGAGGAAUAGUGCCCCAUCAUUGGUGUCAGUGGGAGGAAUAGUGCCCCAUCAUUGGUAUCAGUGGGAGGAAUAGUGCCCCAUCAUUGGUAUCACUGGAGGAAUAG